AUGUGCUCCAUUGCUGUUGAGAACGUCUUUGGUCCAACGGUGGCCCCAGACUGUCGCAAUGGGUUCGACUUUACACUCUUGUUCGAAGAAGCCUUCUUUUGCAUUGCUCCCUGCAGUGUUUUCUUACUGGUUUUGCCCAUGCAAUUGUGCUGCCGGGUCACUCAGAAGCCCCAGCGAUCCACUACGGAUGGUCUUCUCUACUGGAAACUGUUAGCCCAUCUGGUCUCCACCAUUAUUAAGACCACUCUCUUCAUCCUCCUGGUCGUGCCAGGGCUCCAUGUCCCUAAGACACGUGCAACAAUUGCUGCCGCAGUCCUCAGUGCAGUAACCUCUAUCGCCGUGAUGAGCAUAUCGUAUUGGCAACAUUACCGAUCACUGAGACCGUCUACCCUGCUUACGCUAUUUCUGGCCCUUUCUCUCCCUCUGGAUGCGGUUCGCGCUAGAACAAUAUGGGCAGUCCAGACAAGGCCACUCUUCAUUGUAUUUGUGGUUGGCCUCGCAUCGGAUCUCCUGAAGCUCAUGCUGGAAUCUCGAGAAACGAGAAGAUAUCAUCCCGAUACUAAGAAAAAAUUAUCCGGCGAGACGACCGCCAAUGUCUUUAAUCGAAGCCUGUUUUGGUGGCUCAAUCCGCUACUGAUUCACGGCUUCAAACAGGUCUUGGAAGUCGAGAAACUGGCAGCCAUCGAUGACCUUGUCAACAAUGAUGCAGAUGGAGACAGAUUUGCUCAAAAAUGGGAUACUGUCAAAGUCAAAUCGCCCUGGGCUCUGAUCACCCUGUUGGUCUUUCACCAUCGGUGGGCCAUUUUUGCCGCAGUUCUGCCUCGAUUAUGUCUGACUGGCUUUACCUUCGCACAGCCAUUCCUCUUGACUCGAACGGUGAACUUUAUCACGGAACCAGAUCAAAAAUUGACAAAUAAUUACGGCUUCGGUCUCAUUGUGGCGACAGUUCUCAUCUAUAUCGGUCUCGCCAUCACAACAGCGAACAACCAGCACAAAACUUAUCGGCUAAUCACGAUGAUCCGCAGCAGCCUCGUUCCGCUCAUGUAUCGUCAGACUCUGCGUCUGGACGUGGCCGCUGUGCGGGACUCAGCUGCAUUGACCCUCAUGAGCGUGGAUAUCGAGCGUAUAAGUUCGGGGUUGCGGUACUUGCACGAGAUCUGGGCUAGCCCUAUCGAUGUCGGCCUGGCCCUUUGGUUGUUACAACGGCAGCUCGGUGUCGCAGCGGUGGCACCUGCGGGUAUCUUCAUCAUAUGUAGCGUGGUUGGCCUUGUUGUGGCAAGCACCAUGGGAUCGCGCCAGCGGCGGUGGCUGGAAGCCAUCCAGAAAAGAGUUCAAGUGACUUCGGAGAUGUUGAGGAACAUGAAAGAAAUCCGUCUGAGUGGAUUGCAACAUCCCAUGGCUCAAAAACUCCAACGCUUACGCUCAGGGGAAAUUUCAGAAUCUCGACCAUUUAAGAAAGCGUUGGUUCUUAUCGUAACACUAUCUUUUACCACCGCUGCCUCGGGACCAUUGUUGGCCUUCACUACGUACACUCUCUUGGCCAUACGCAAUGGAUCCGCGGUGCUCAACUACGAGAAGGCAUAUACUUCCUUGUCGCUGUUGGCUCUUUUGCAGACCCCGAUGGCGCUCAUUCUGGACUCCAUUGCCGGCGUAGUCUCAGCGAUUGGAGCCUUGCAACGUAUAGGUGAAUAUCUAGCAAAGUCUACAGCCUACCCACGGGAGCUCCACUUCGACGGUGAUAGAAUGAAAGAGCUGGAACCGCCCACGUUGUCAUAUCCAGGAUGGGGCGAGAAAAAGAGAGACAUUAUUGUCUCUAUGCAUCACUUCAGUGCCGGAUGGAAUCCAAAUGGUCCUCUUAUCAUCAAAGAUCUCACAUUGGACAUUCAUUCUCCCGGUAUCAACUUUGUAGUUGGGCCUGUGGCAUGUGGGAAGACCACGCUGUUGCAUGCGAUUCUUGGGGAGACGAUUCGUAGCGAAGGACUACUCCAGGUGUCUGUUCCUAGGAUAAGCUACUGUAGCCAGACUCCGUGGAUUAGCAACGACACGAUCCGACAGAACAUUCUUGGAAUUGAGCCUUUCGUUCAACUGUGGUAUGACAAGGUGGUCGAAGCUUGCUCGUUGCGAGAGGACUUCAAGAUUCUUCCUUGCGGGGAUCAAGAGGUCAUCGGCAAUAGUGGGAUGAAUCUAAGCGGCGGCCAGAAAGCUCGACUGGGAAUUGCGCGGGCCAUCUAUGCGCGACACAAGCUCCUCCUUCUCGACGACGUCUUUAGCGGAUUGGAUGGAAAAACAGAGGAGCGCAUUUUUCAUAGUCUGUUUGGUGAGAACGGACUGCUGACGGAUGGAGGGACGACAGUCAUAUUGGCUACGAAUGCCGUGCAUCGAAUUGCAUAUGCGGAUAACAUUAUUGUGCUAGAUAACAAUGGGCGACUUGUGGAUGAAGGAACUUAUCAUGAAGUGAAUGCAAUGGCCAAACAAGUUUCAGUGGAAAUGCCACCGACUAACCCUCCAGUGAACACCGAUGGAUCAUGCAUAGACGCCGAACCAAGUCAACCGAGAGCACCUUCUGUGAUAGAACAGUGCCAGGGCAACGAGAGACGGACUGGUGACAUGACUGUUUACAAGUACUAUAUCAAGGCAGUUCACUAUUUGAAUGUGCUUGUCUUUGCUGCUGCAUGCAGUACUUUUGUCCUGGGACUUAGUAUGCCACAAUUCGUGGUGAAAUGGUGGCUGCAACGCAAUGAUGAGUACACUGUCACUCACCAUUCCCAAUACCUGGGGAUUUACGCUGGACUGGCUGGCCUCGCAAUUCUGUCCCUAGCCAUAGCUGCAUGGCAUCUGACUGAACACAUGCUUCCACGAGCCUCGACCCAAUUCCAUAGUAGUCUCCUCAACACUGUCUUGAAUGCACCCUUACGGCUUUUCUCCACCACGGACGUGGGGACCAUCAUUAAUCGGUUUGCACAGGACCUACAGCUGGCCGACAUGGAACUGCCUCUGGCACUUUUCAAUACCAUGGUAGAGCUCAUCAUGUGUCUGGCGCAAUUCAUCAUCAUUGCUGUAGCUUCCAAAUAUAUCGGGAUCGCGAUGCCCGCCCUGCUUGUGGUCUUCUACCUGGUCCAGAAGUUCUACCUUCGCACUGCCCGCCAGCUCCGACUCCUGGACAUCGAAGCAAAAGCCCCUCUGUUCUCCCGUUUCCUCGAAGUCCUGUCUGGACUGGUCACCAUUCGCGCCUUUGGGUGGCAGGAUGAAUUCGAGCGACGCAUUCGCAACGCCUUUGAUAUCUCUCAGAAACCGUUUUAUCUGCUCUUUUGCGUGCAGCGGUGGCUCAACCUCGUUCUUGAUUUGGUAGUGGCGUCCAUUGCCGUCACUGUGGUAGCUAUUGCCGUACGGAUGAAGGGGCAAGUCGAUGCAGGAUCCCUUGGCAUUGCCCUGGUCAAUAUCGUGCAGUUUAGCAUCAGUAUCAAAACAUUGCUGUCCAACUGGACGCAACUAGAGAUCUCGAUCGGGGCGGUGGCGCGUAUUCGCUCGUUUGCGAAGGACACUGUCUCAGCGGAUGAGCCGGAGCAUUCACAUUGCGAUCUUCCCCCUAUAUGGCCCCAAAGAGGACACAUUGAGUUCCAAAAUGUGACGGCCCGGUAUGAGGGCUCCUCGAACCCGGUGAUUAAAAACUUGAACCUGGUCAUUCGGAAUGAAGAGAAAAUUGCGCUCUGUGGGAGAAGUGGGAGCGGCAAAUCUUCCCUUGUCUCCGCUCUGUUUCGUCACCUACAUCUCUCGGAGGGUGCCAUCGUCAUUGAUGGGAUCGACAUCGACACCGUCCCUCGAGAGACUCUGUAUACCCGUCUUGUCUGCGUCACCCAGUCCCCUCAUCUCAUCUCCGGCACAAUCAGGGAGAACAUCGACCCGUCCAGUGCCGCUCCAGACGAGACUAUUGAGCAGGCACUCCGGGAGGUAAACCUCUGGGACACAGUGAAGACCCAUGGAGGGAUCAGCGUCCCCCUUUCCGAUGACCUCUUCAGUGUUGGACAGAAGCAGCUCCUGUGUCUUGCACGGGCGAUGGUGCGUGCCGGAUCGAUCCUGAUUCUGGACGAAGUCACAGCAAGCGUGGAUUGGGAAACAGAUCGCUUGGUGCAGCGGAUCAUUCGGGAGCACUUCAUGUCGCGCACCAUCAUUACCAUCGCACAUCGGAUUUCCACGAUUCUCGAUGCGGACCGGGUGGCCGUUAUUUCGGAAGGAGAGGUGAUCGAGGUCGGUGCACCGGCUGACUUACUGGCCAGAGAUCCUCCCAGCCAGUUUCGUGGGUACUACGAGGCGAGCGCCAUGCAGUAG